UCCAGGGGCGAGGCCGGAGAUGCUGCGCCGAACCGGAGCUGGCAAAGGGAGCGAAGAGGGACAGGGACGCUCAGGCGUGCAGUCACCGAUACCCAAAGCAGCUGUGUCUGGGCAGGGCAAGGAGGAGCCUGAAUGCCUCUGCUGGGGACCUUGGGGGGCACUGGGACAAGGCCCGGAGCAGAAGGCCAGGUGGGCUGCGACUGAAGGUGCGCUGGCCGGUCACGAGCGGAACCCAUGGAGAGUGGGGCCGCCCCUGCCCCGCCUUCCCCCAACCCCCCCGGCGAUUUGCUGUCCACGCGUCCCUCCGGCGCGCGAGUCUGGGAAUGCCGGGCUGGGGCUGGUUGACUCGUCCGGGCGUUCCCGUUCUCGGGGAGGUAAUUUGCACCCUGAAUCACCUACUGAGAGCCCUUCCAACUGGAUUGCAGACCCGCCCGCUCCGGGCCCACCUUCUCCCUCACCAGGGCCUUUCCGGGCGCAGCCCGGCCCGGCCUGGAAAAACUCCGAGCGGGAUUCCCAGCGCAGGGACGACCACCGGAGCGCAGCGUCUUAGGCUAGAUAAGAAGGGGACCGGGC